AGUUUUGGUUAUGGCAUAAACACCAUAUUUGGUGUGUUGAAUUUUAUACAUAGCAAUUAAAAUACUGGAGUACUAAACAUGAUACUUACUAGUUAUGCUAAUUUAACACAUAGAUAAUUCACUUCCUAAUUGGCAACCAAACUAAUACCCCAAUUCCUUAUUUGCAUGGAACAUAUGAUUCCCCAAAAUAGUAAAUGCCAGAUAUGUAAUGUGAGCGAGUAUUAGCUUUUCAUGUACUAACAAGUAACAAAUACACGAUCGUUACUGAGAAUUUUUUUGUUUUUACUCUUCCUAGCUCCCUCUACAAGCUGUCGAGCUCCCAUCUUUUCUGCUCCUUUGAUGACUCGAAGUCUAUCCAGAUGUCAAUUCGAUUCUUAUCUAUAAAAUUUUCGGUCCGGUUGGAUUUUUCGUUGAUCAUUUCUGAGGCAAGCAGCAGGCAAAUGAUGAAAGAGGGAAUUAACUUCUAUCACAUGCAUGCUCCUUCACCCCCCACCCCCCAACCCCCAUGGACGCAGCCCAAUGCAGUACCCAAUUUCAUUCAAUAUGCCCCUCAACUACUCCAUUUCUUUUUUAAUUUAUUAGCUUCGUGUUAGUAGUUGUUAGAAUUGACAACAUAGUUACUCUCUAUCACUAUAAUAACUUCAGCUUACCAAAUGUGCUCUGUUUGUGAGGUUGACAAACAAAGCUCUCCAUUGUCAAUAAUGCACUAGUACUGGCAAUGAAAGCUCGGUUUAAUGAAAUCUUAGAUUUUUUUCAGGGACAAUGUCUAAAUUUACAGUUUUAGUGUACAAAAUAUCUUAAUUUUACUUUGUCGUUAUACUUUUGUGAGACUGGUGGCGUGACAAAAAUAUGGAUGACAUGAAUGACCUAAACACAAGGGUGGAGCUAUGUGUAUAUGCUUACGGACCAAUCGAGAGCUCAGUAGUUCUGACUCAAAUCUUAUGUGUGUUAAAAUUUUCACUUAAUGUAUGUGAAUGAUAUAUACAAAACUUAGUAAGUUGAUAUGUUUUCAAUAAUUCAAAAUCCAUAAACUCAAAAUUUAGCUAUGUAUUUCAAUUUCAAAUUUACACUCCGUUAAUACUCUUUUAGGUCAUUCAUUUUUUAUUUCCUUAACAAAUCCUCUUGUAUCAUACUUUGAUUUUAACUAGUUUCAAAAUGAAUUGAAUGGAUUCCACGAGUCAAACAUUUCUGAAAAGAUUAUCUAAAUUUACCAAUGUGCUAUCAGAAGGUAAAAUUAAGAUAAUUUUGUGCGGACUAUAUUUACCUUGAUUUUAUCAACUUGUGAAUUAAUAGCACUUAACUACCUCCAAAGGCGGCAUUAAUGGCUAUAGCUCAACCUUCAUCUCCCUUUUAUUGAAUGCACAAUUAUUCAUCCUUGGUCGGUUCUGACUUACACUUGUCUCACUAUAAAGUUUUGUUUGAGGGAAAGUCACUAAGUAAAGCUAAACUGUUUUGGAAAUAUGGGCAUCCAAAUUACAAGUAGACACCAAAAAUUGGCAUUUUUCUUGGUGACUUUAUUGAGCUUUGUCUUUCAUCAGAGUAAUGCUCAAAGUUCCACAACACUUGUUCCUGCAAUCAUUACAUUUGGCGAUUCCGCUGUGGAUGUAGGAAAUAAUGACUAUAUUCACACUCUUUUUAAGGCUAAUUAUCCACCUUAUGGAAGGGAUUUUGUUAGUCAUCAACCUACUGGUAGAUUCUGCAAUGGAAAAUUAGCCACUGAUAUCACUGCUGAUACACUUGGGUUCACUACUUACCCUGCUGCAUAUUUGAGCCCACAAGCAUCAGGCAACAAUCUCCUUAUUGGUACUAAUUUUGCCUCUGCCGCUGCUGGCUACGAUGAUAAAACAGCCAUCCUCAACCAUGCAAUUCCGUUGUCAACACAGAUGCAGUAUUACAAGGAGUACCAAUCCAAGCUAGCAAAAGUUGCAGGCAGUCAAAAAGCAGCAUCUAUCCUAAAGGAUGCACUCUACCUACUAAGUGCAGGAAGCAGUGAUUUCUUACAGAAUUACUAUAUUAAUCCUUAUAUUAACAAAAUCUAUACUCCUGAUCAGUAUGGUUCUUAUCUUGUCGGCAUAUUCACUAGCUUUGUUAAGGAUUUGUAUGGGCAAGGAGCAAGGAGAAUUGGAGUGACCUCAUUGCCACCAUUGGGCUGUCUACCAGCUGCUAGAACAUUGUUCGGGUUCCAUGAGAGUGGAUGUGUCUCAAGGAUCAAUACAGAUGCCCAACAAUUCAACAAGAAGAUUAAUUCAGCUACAGCACAAUUGCAAAAGCAAUACCCUGACCUCAAAAUCGCUAUAUUUGACAUUUUCCAGCCUCUUUAUGACCUCGUCAAAUCUCCGUCAUCCCACGGAUUCGCGGAAGCGAACAGAGGGUGCUGUGGGACAGGAACAGUGGAGACAACAUCGUUGUUGUGCAACCCAAAGUCACCAGGGACGUGCAGCAAUGCAACACAAUAUGUGUUUUGGGAUGCUGUACAUCCAUCUCAAGCUGCUAACCAAGUCCUAGCUGAUUCUCUCAUUAUCCAAGGGAUCAACCUGAUUGGAUAAAUAAUCCAACAAAUAUAUAUGUGAAUUUUACUGUUCUUUAUAAGCCUAAAUUAAACUACCACGUGAUUGCCUUUUUAUCUUUUUAAAUUAAUCGUUUGUUUUGUUUGUGGGGCUUCUUAUUUUCUUGUUGAGAUGCAUGAAGAUGAAAAUGAUGUAUUCUAUUACUUACUUUUUUCUGUUACUCGUAUUAAUUAAUGAAUGUACCACGUGUUGUCUUUGAAAA